AUGGUUCCAGUAAAGAUGGUACGGCAGUGUUUGCUUCGCGCUCGACUUGGCGGGGGCACCAGGGCUGUGGUGAGGGACGUGUCAGAUAGUAACAACUCUGAGGCUGGCCCUUCGCCAAUAGUUUCGUGUACGUCAACUCAUAAGGCACCUAAAUACGAACAAGUUUUGCUAGCCACUGCUUUAGUCAACAUAGAGUCUGAAGUUUGUGGACAGCAAGCAGUAAGAGCUUUAAUAGACCAAGGCUCUCAAGCUUGUUUCAUUACAGAAGCUGCAGUUCAAUUACUUAAACUCAAAAAGGAGUCAAUAAGGGGAACAGUUACUGGAUUAGGAGACAAAGGAUCGACGACAUUCAAACAUGUAGUCACAAUAACUCUCCGGUCUAGGAUUGAUAAACAGUUUCAGGUCAAAAUUAGAGCUUAUGUCAUGAGAAAUCUCAUAAUUUCACAUUUACCAGAGCAAAAAAUAGAGUCACUAAAUUGGGUGGGUUUAGGCAAUUUACAACUAGCAGACCCACAGUUCAAUAUGCCCAAUAAAAUAGAUAUAUUGUUAGGGGCUAAUGCUUUUAGUCAAAUACUAAAAGAGGGAGUGCAAAAAAGUCCAGAUGGUUUGCUUAUCGCGCAAAAUACGUCAUUGGGAUGGAUCGUGUCGGGGAUAGUUAAAAAGUAUAGGAAAUCAUCAAGAAUAGGUCAUGAAAAUCCCAAAAUAUCAGUAAUGCAUGCGCACAUUAAUGAAGAAGAUGCAUUGAAACGAUUCUGGGAAAUAGAAGAGCAACCACAUUCUACUAAGAAUAUGUGGACAGAGGAAGAGCAAAAAUGCGAAGAAAUUUUCGCCAGUACAACAAGUAGAACACCGGAAGGACGCUAUAUCGUGAAGUUACCUUUUCGUGAGACUCAACCUGGCUGUAAGGGUGGUAAUUCACGCGAUAUCGCUGUAAGAAAAUUCAAAUCACUAGAGAAGAGGCUAUCGAAAGAUUCAGAUUUGAAAAAGAGUUAUAUCGAAGUGAUAAACGAUUACUUGCAGCUAGGACACAUGAGACCUGUAAAAAAGAAUGACUCAGAAAAGGAGGAAGCUGUCUACUUACCGCACCACGCUGUAGUCAGAAAUGAUAAAACUACAACAAAAGUAAGAGUAGUUUUUAAUGCGUCUAGUAAAAACAGUUUCGGAAUAUCGCUAAACGACACAUUGAUGGUGGGACCCAAGCUUCAGGCAGAUCUAAGUCAUUUAGUGUUGCGCUGGAGAGAGCACCCUAUUGUACUCGUGGCUGAUGUCGUUAAGAUGUAUCGGCAGGUCAGGAUAGCAGAAGAAGACGCUAUUUUUCAGCGUAUUGUGUGGCGUGACAACUCUGAAUCUGAAAUACAAGACUUCGAGUUAAUGACUGUUACUUUUGGAACUGCCUCUGCUCCAUAUUUAGCAGUACGAGCAUUGCAUCAAGUCAGUUUUGAUGAGGCCAAAAGUUUCCCGCUGGCAGCACCAAGGGUAGUUAAAUCAUUUUAUAUGGAUGAUUUGAUGACAGGAUGCAGUGAUGUUACGGAAGGAGUAGCAUUGUACAAAGAGAUGAGAGAGCUAUUGUUACGAGGUGGUUUUCAAUUACAAAAAUGGAAUAGCAACAAUAAACAACUACUUUCAGAAAUAUUUAAAAUUGAAAAUCAAAGUACAAAUAAAACAGAACAACAGGACACAAAAACAAAUUUAGAACAAGAUAAUACAAAAAAUGAAAAGAACAAAGAGAUUGAUAUGAAAGCUGAUAAUAUAACUAAGAUUCUGGGUAUUACCUGGGACAGAAGCGAAGAUCAUUUCCGGUACUCGGUGAGUCUCCCUACGGCGUCGCCUGGACCUGAAACAAAAAGAUCAAUAUUAUCAGAAAUAGCACGAUUAUAUGAUCCGCUAGGUUGGUUAGCCCCUAGCAUAAUUAUAGCAAAGAUGUUCAUCCAAAAAUUAUGGCUAGCUGGCAUAACUUGGGACGAACCAAUCAGCGAUGAAAUGAAACGUGAAUGGUAUACUUACCGGGAUUUGUUGAUUAAACUCACAUCUGUUCGAGUUCCUCGGUGGCUGGGCACUUCCGGUAGAGAAGACAUGCGUGAGCUGCACGGAUUUUCUGACGCAUCCAAGUUAGCUUACGCAGCAGUUGUUUACUUGCGGGUUGUAGACGCCAAAGGAAAUGUACACGUCUCUUUGUUGGCAGCUAAGACUAGAGUCUCUCCCAUAAAGCAAGUAAGCAUCCCGCGAUUAGAGUUGUGUGGUUCUACUCUUUUAGCACGACUUUUAUCUGAGAUCAGCGAGGUUAUCAACAUUCCUAAGAGCAACAUUAAGGCCUGGACGGAUUCAACAGUGGUAUUGGCAUGGCUAAAUAGCCACCCAAGUAAAUGGAAGACUUUUGUAGCGAAUAGAGUGUCUGACAUUUUGACGACUUUGGAUUCAUCGCAAUGGUAUCACGUGUCGACGAAGGAAAACCCUGCCGAUUGCGCAUCCAGAGGUGUUUUACCCGACGCCCUGGCUAGUAAUGAACUAUGGUUUUCCGGUCCAAAGUUUCUUCAUGAACGCAACAUACCAUAUAAUAGACCAAAGAAUUUGAAACCAACUCUGGAAGAAGCUGUGAAAGUACAUUUGAAUACGAUGACUGAAGAUACAUUAUUGCAACGCUUCUCUACUUUAAACAGAUUGCUUAGAGUAAUCGCUUAUUGUAGACGGUUUUAUAACCACGGAGAGCGUGACAAUUACCUGUCUAAGAAAGAAAUAGAAAAUGCAUUAGUUUGCUGUAUCAAGAAAGUGCAAAAGGAAGAAUUUAGUGAGGAGUACUUAACUUUGCAGACCAAAGGAUUUUUACAAUCGAAAAGUUCAAAACUCAAAUCUUUAUGUCCAUAUCUCGAUGAAAACGGAAUAAUGAGAUGCGAUGUACACCAGCCAGAGCAUUCCUACAUAGCGGAGUGGAUUAUGCUGGCCCUAUAA